AGCACGCCAAAGACAGACACGAUUUUCUUGUCCUUAUUUUGAGAGAACAAGACAUUCGGCGUUUUGACUAGUACAAGUUCAAGGCGAAGGCUGAUGAUGAAGAAACUGUCUUUCUUGAGUACUUCAAAAAUGGUAAUGAAUGGCUCUAAACGAGUCAGCAGAACUCAUCAUUUACUUGUAAAAAAAUUGUUCUUCAUGCUGACAUAUCUAUCAAGUCAAGAUAUCCAGCCGUGCAUUAGACGAAACUUCUGAAAAUAACAUGGUGCGGCCAAAGAUGUUAUUAUAGUUCUUCGCUCUCAUGUCUCGUGAAGACGAGGACGAGGGAGUGGCUGAGAAGCGGGCAGUUUGGUUUGCUCGUCGCAUAAGAAUGGGGAACGAGUUUUCUUCCUCGUCUGUGGUCGAUGCGGUGCUGCAGUUCAAUGACAUCCGGUCUGCGGGCUACGGCCCGCAACAGCCAACGACCUCGUUUAUCUCAGUCGACAAUAGCCCUGAAACGGCACUGAAGCGCGGUGGCGAGCCACUGCAGCUUCGCCUAACCAGGCGAUCAGUCAUCUCUAUCCGCGUAGUGUCAGCGAAUGGAACAACUGCGGUCGGAUCAUGCUAUAUCCCGGUGGAGCGUGUGCAGGAUUGCGGCAUAAUCCAUACAUAAUUGAUAUUCAAUCCAGGGGACUUCGAAAUGAUCCUUCUAUCUUGAAGAUAUUUUGUGCAUGGUGUAGUACUGAAAAACUUGUUUAACAAAGUGAUUAUAUCUCCGACCCUAUCCUCUAAAAUAAGAAGGGGUUAGGCCUCGUGCUUUACCAUAUGUGGUUUUUGCUGGAGAACGUGCCGGUGGCGAGUGUUGACGACUUGGCAACGCGUUUUGAACAGAGCCUGUACAGCAUCGGCAAGUCCAUUUAUCAACCGAAGAUAUGCAUCACGCUCGCAGAAACUUCGGAAUUCCGGUAAGUCUGCACUUAGUUUGGUGCUUACUACGACUUCGUCAUGCUCUCGAUCUGCAAAAAAUAUUGGAGUUGUGUCGCAUUCACUGAAGUAAACUAGCAAGGUUUAUCUGACUAAUCCAAUCAUCACAUACCUCUUUCACCUCGACCACUCACUUACAACGACCAGGCAGUUUCAUCAAGGUGGGAUAUAUCCAUUGCAGGACUAUGCGGGGACGUUGCUGGACGAAAGCAAAGCAGCUCGAUUUAUGAGUGGACUGCUCUACUAAUCUUGUCGUCUUGAUGCUAACCGAGGCACCCUCUUCACAUAGACAUUAUAUGAUCUGUCCGAAACUACGAGAUCUAUUAAUUAUCCUGGAUGCGAGCGACUGGAGCCGUAUUUCUUUAGAAAUUCGUCUUACGUACUUCACUCUUUAGAUACACUAUUCGGGAUAUAUUCUAGCUGAUGGAGCAACAUACUUCAUGAGCUUUGAUGACAUCGCGCCCCUCUUUCAUACUCGAUUUUUCGAUUCUGCACAGCCACUUCCAGCACUUGCAGUUAUGCCAGAGCUACUACGCAACCCUGCAACAACGCGAGCAAAAUGGGCAGCAAGCUGGAGCAGCACCAGGUCCGGGAGGAGGAGGGCGCUCUGUGAUCUUUGGAGACCCUGUAUGUUGAGUUUAUUAAAUAGCUAGACUUACUACCCGAUCUGGUAAUCGAUGUAGACACAGGAAGAAAGAUUGAUGAAAGUUUCUCUUUUUUCAGUGAUCCCGUGAAUUAGAUGAAGAUGGGCUGCUCUUGUCAUUUUUGAUAUGUCUAUUAUCUCUAUGGCGAUGAGAAUACGAUGGUUGAGUUUGAUGUAGAGAAAAUCUCAAUGACAAAAGCACUCUUCUAGCCGUGAGACACGGGAUUACCUUCUUCUUUGAUUUGUUGUCCACUCUGGAGCAGCCGCUGGCGCCACGCAGGAAACAGCGGAACAGCAUCGAGCGUUGGCACAGUUUUACAAAGGUACUUCGUCUGAUUCUGAAUGUAUGGGAUGUGUUCUUACUGGAAUGGUCAUUCAUAUUCGCCUUCCUUAUAGUUGUUCUACGUGAAUCUAUGUGCAUUACAUGGCAGAUGAAGUUCGUACUAAAAGUGCUGCGAAAGUACGGUAGCAAGAACCAUUUUCAGUUGAAGUAUCGUACGCAUCUCGGAGACGUCUCUGCACAAAGGAAACAUCAAAGCAAAACAAAUCAGAGCAAAGUGAAAGCCUUGAACGCGAGGCGCACCGAUUAAGAGAAUCGCUUGAGGACGCUAACAGAGAAAAGUUUCAGCUGGCGGACACUAAGAACAAGCUGGUAGGGGAGAUGGAGAUAUUGCGGGAAUCUUAAGGCCCUCACUAAGGAGGUAGAGCGUUAGUGAAUCCAUCAAGCUCAUCACCGAUAAUUAUUUGUGUAUCUUGUUGUUCAUGCGUUAAGUUCAAUGAUUGGAUUUUGCAAACCUUACUUUUAUUGUCCCUCUUUGAUAACAGACCUUCUAGUCAUCUCUCUUGCGACCUCUAAGAAAUCGUGGGACGAUCCAGUGAGCCGCCUACGGGGACAUCGAGCGAAGAUGUAUCUUUGUGCUACUGCUACUUUAUUACCUUUACAAAUGAUGCAUCGUGGAGGUAAGUUGGAAUUGGUUUCCACUAGUAGCACUAACUUCAGUCGUUUGGACCAGCACCAUGAUGUCUAACGAAUGGACUUGGAGCCAAUGGUGUGAGACUGAGAGUUUCAACACAUCAAGGUAUUGCGCCUGCAGCAGGAGACGCGAAAUAUUACCAAGCAGGCAAACGAACGGAUUGACAAAGCAAAUGAGACUAUUCGCCUCCUGCGAUCCCAAGCGAAAGGCCUCCAGGACCGAGUAAAGGAGAUCACGGCAGAGCGCGAUGCUGAGAAAUUAAGGCCUGCUCGGGGGAUGACAUUUUUUUCUGGUAGUAAUGCGUUUUGAUAUUGAGGGUAGAGCUUUUUAGUCUGAAGUCGAAUCGUGACGGGAUGCGGAUAAUAAGGUCUCCUCCUUCUGUAGCUUCUAAGGCUUGAUCUUCUGACAUUGAUUAUUUUUCAGACUCGAAGACACUACUCGUCUAAUGAAAGCCGAGUCCCAACGCGCCAAAGCUACGCUGGAAGAACAGCUUGCAGCAGAGAAGAAAAAGAAUUCUUAUGGUUGUACAACUUCUGCUGCUGCUUCUGCUUCUCUCAGUAACCGUCAAUAAGGCGUUCUUCAUGGUGGAAAAAAUUUCGAGUACAACUAGUUGAUGAAAGAGGAUAUUUGUUGUUGGAAGACAAGAUGCCUCUAAUGCAACGAGUUGAUGGAGAUCGUGCGUAGUCUGCAUAGCGAGUUUGCAGCCACAGCAGAACCGGAGGCGUGCGAUCUGCCUUAUGAAAGAAAGCAUGGCACUAAUGCCAUAAUGUUACCCUGGUCUCUUGAAAACAGUACAACUAGACAGCUGCAAGCAGGUACGCUAGUGCGCAUUAGCCUGAAAAGUCGUUGAGAAUUCAGUAAUCUCUAAGGGGCGCCUGCCGACGGCAAAAUCCUACCACCCUACGCAGAAAUGGAAAGAUCGCUGCACGUCACGUGAGCCAUCAUCCGCUGCAGCAAUGUGCUGUGGUAUCGGAUGUAGGGAAUUUUUGAGGGCGGUCCCGUAAGUCCUCUUGGCCACCAGUGAGAGAUAGGAUAGAAGAACGAGAAGCGCAUUGUAAUGUAGAGUAGUUGUAGUCACGUCCCGCUGGAGUAAGUUGCUUUGAAAUAAGGAUAUUGCCUAGUUUCGUUUAUUCGAAGACUCACAAUCUUUGCAUUGUAUUCAGAGGGGCGUGCCAAUGAAAAGGAGUUUUCAACUUGUUGGGAAUACAGUUCACGCAUUUGUGCUUGGUGGAAAAGUAGAUUGCGCACUAAUCGACACUGCACAGGCAUAGGCAUCGAUCUUCCGGAAUAUAGUAGCGUCAUCGUCGGGUAACAUCUACCGCUUCAAAAUACAGGCGCAGACUUCACAUUUUCUUGCUUGCUUCCAUUGAUUUUUACUUGAUCCUUUACCAUGCAUGUCUCUUAUUUUUGCUUUUAAGGAAUCACUGUUGCGUCUAUUUCUUGAUGAUCAUGUUCAUAAGAUAUUUACCUGCAUACUUGUAGUUGUCCAUAAAGGAAACACUCUGAAAAUUUUUGAGCCACUCCAUAUUAUAUAUAAUUAUAUCUCCUGCUUCGUCAGGACUGCGCUUUUAUUUGAUGUCAUUGGUUCACCUGUGACACGCCGGGUGGCAAUUUAAUCGAGACUAAACUUCAGUGGAGAAGAAUCUUCGUUGCUUUGGCAUUCUCACAAACAAUGGCGCACAUUCAUUCUCCCGCACACAGGAUACACAUGUCUCAAGGGCUGUCACAUCCAAGCCUCUUGCUGUUUUGUAGGAAGAUAUUUGCCAGCGAGGCGUGGAGAGCUCACGCAACUCGCAGUCGUGGCUCCCAAAAAAGAUGAAAAACUGAAAAAAGUGAAGGCUCUUCAUUCUCCGAAUCUCAAAACCGUUGUGGAAACACGAAAACCCAGUCUCCUUCCUCUC